GGCACCGAGUCGUCUGGCAAGACUGCGGGCACCGAGUCGUCUGGCAAGACUGCGGGCACCGAGUCGUCUGGCAAGACUGCGGGCACCGAGUCGUCUGGCAAGACUGCGGGCACCGAGUCGUCUGGCAUUGGAUCGUCUGGCUCGACAGCGGGCAUCGGGUCACCAGGUAUGACAGCGGGCACUGGGUCACCAGGCAUCAGGUCAUUUGGCUCGCCAGCGGGCACCGCGUCAUCUGGCAAGGCAGUGGGCACCGAGUCACCAGGUACGACAGCGGGCUCUGAGUCAUUUGGCACGACAGCGUGCACCGGAUCAGGUACCGGAUCAUUUGGAUCAACAGCGGGCAUCGAGUCAACUGGCCUAAUAGGAUCAUCAGGCUGGAUCAGCUGAGUAGAGGCUUCAGGCUGAGUAGAGGCAUCAGGCUGAGUGGAGGCAUCAGGCUGAGUGGAGGCAUCAGGCUGAGUGGAGGCAUCAGGCUGAGUGGAGGCAU